GUUCCGUAACGUUGCUAGGCAACUAUUUUGAAAUCAAAAUAAUUUCCAUUUAAAAUAAUCAUCGACUUUUACCCGGAAGAUUAAUUAAUUAAAUGUAAUGGCUGAGGAAUUACAAAAGGCGCAUUUAUUUUAUGACGACAUUCAUAAAAUAAGAGUAUUAGAAGCCACCGUUCUUAAGGAAACUGAAGACGUAAAGGAUACUUGCAAAGAUUAUGAAACAAAAAUACAAGAUUUCAGUAGAACGAUAAACUCAUUGCUGGAGAUGCUGAAGGCUUUAGGUGAUAACGUUGAAAAGCAGAAAAUGGCAGCAAUAGGAGCGACAAAUCUUUUAAAGUCCAUAGCUAAGGAGAGAGAAUCUGAACAAGCGAAAUUACAGGCCGAAAUGAACGACAAAACUAUGAUUUUGGAGCAGUUGGACAGUGAAUACGAUGCUUUGCAAAUUCUCGAAGCAACCCAAGUGGAGACUAUUGAAUAUCUCACACAGCUUCGAUAAGUUUGUAGCCAGAAUUAUGGAAUAUUCGAUCUUCUACUUAUGUUAAAAGUAUUUAUUUCGAAAGUUUACUGCGAUUAUAACAUCCCUGUACGCCAUGCUGGGAUUUUUUUUUCGAUCUGUGAUGUCAUGUCACAGUAUAAUGCCAACACAUGGUUUUAGUAAGUACCCGAGGCCUACUAAUUCCAUGUGCCAGCAACACAGUUUGCCGAACUUUGGCGGACUCUGUAGGUACCUAAGUUUCAUUGUGGUGAAUAAAAGCUCUCAUACAAACUAAAUUCGCAUCGGCAUGAGAUCUGCCAUAUUAUGUUGCCAGCCGGAAUAAUGGACACUUCGUAACUAUGUGUACUAGAGCCCCGCCAUCUAAUUUAUAUUCUUAGUAUGACGGUUAAAUAAAAAUCUAACAAAAUAGUUUUGACUUAAGUCAGGUGUACAAAUAUUGCGGUACUAUCAAUACCUACGUAGGUACCUAUAAUUUGCCAAAGUACUUUGUGAUUAUGACAAAGUACUUUGUGAUAUAGAAUAUUUAAGAAUAUAGAAUAUUUUAAGAAUAUAAAAUAUUUAAGAAUAUAUAAUAUUUAAGUAAAUAAAUAAAAAACAAAGUUCAGUCCGUAGAAAUGUUAUUUUCAUCGAAACACACAUUGAAAAGGGAAUUAGGUCCUUAUUUAAAAAAAUCAAUAGAGUUGCCUGAAUUACUAUAUGUAGUUCAUGUUUUCGGAAACUAACUUCAAAUUGAAUAAAGUAAUAAGUUUACAAUACUUGUGUUUAUAAAAAUAUACUACUUAUUACUACAGAUUAACACAGAUAAAUAAUUGAAAUAUACAUUCAUUCCUGGAUUCCAUUGUUUUUAUUUUAGCAUAACAAUUUUAGGAACAUGCCAAUGUCAUUUUAUUAAAUGAUAUUUAUUAAUUCUAAACAAUGUCACAGUCUAUUUCCAUAAUCCAAUAACAAAAUAAGUACGUUCAAUUUGCGAUUUCAGCACAACUUAAUUUUCCUUCUCGUCAAAAAUAAUAAUAAAAAAAGUUUUAUGUUCAAUAAUAACAAAUGGCAACGCUUUUCAUUAGGGCAUCCGCACGGUCAAAUAUCGCGUGUGCCUAUUUUACGAUUGUAAAUAUCGAUAAUACUUGCCGCAAACAUAAUUACCUAAUAAUCUGAAGAAAAAAAUAGUGUAGGUACAUUCAAGUAACUGUUUCGACAAAUAGUCGAUUAGUAUUUAGUACAUUGUAUACAGAGUGGUAGGGUAAAAAGAAUCGUGACCUACGAAUUUGAACCCUAAAAUAUGAUGAUACAAGAAAUAUCAUUUAUGCAUAUAAAAUUAUUAUUCGUUUGUCAUUCAAAUCAAUUAUUUGAAAUUGUUUUUUUAAAUCUACGCAUACAUUUGUCGUACCGUGAGCGGGGCACGAAUAACAUGUUUUGAUUUGUCUUUAAUUAUUUUUCGGUUUUAGGGAAAACGAAUGUAUUUUUUACAUCGAUUUUGGAUUCUAUCCAUGAUACUGAAUAUCUGAUUUCUAGGAUUGUUACCCUAACACCUGUAUAUAUAAUAUAGAUAGCCAAAUUAAUCAUUGAUACAAUGGCACAUUUUUCUCAUUCUUAUUUUUAGACAAUUACAAAUCUAAUUUUACUUAGGCAAGCGCUUGACAUACAGACACCGCGUUGAUGUAAAGUUAAAGAACAGUUUGACGAGAAUCUUCUGGCGCGUGGAAAAACUCGAAACUACAAGUUGAAAAACUUAUUAAAAGGUAAUUUUUUUCACAGACAUAAAAACUACGCCUUCUCUUUAUGUCAUCCAAAUGCCAAAAGAUUCUUGUAUCUGUAGUAUAAAAACUAUCUGUCAAAAAAUUUCGGAAUCGAAUUUCUUACACUUACUACAGCUUACAUACUAAAACUUCAGUUCUCAAUUUUAUCAAAUCACGCCAUCCUCACCUUUAAGCUGCAUACUAAAGCAGUAAUACAGUCUACUUUAAAUACCUAUAUUAUCAAUAAAUACCUUGUUAUGACAAGGCCCCUUCUAUAGAACCAAAAAUGCUUUUUCAAUGCUGAAAAUAUAGACCCACUGCAAAAACAAAAGAUAUUACGAACAAAAAUAAAAUUUUGUAUAAACUUAUUUAACAUGUUUUAGUAGUUGAUUAAAUGCCCUAAGAUAUUGUGUUUAUGUUUAUGCAAAGCUUAUAAGAAAUCAGGUGAGAUGCACCAUAAAUAUCAAUUGUAUUUCUCAUAGCCCUGAACUUUCUAUGUACUCGAAGCUAUAUGCAUGCAGUAUAUUACUUUGAUACUUCUAUAAAAAGAGAAGAGAUUUCUGUAAAUGACGCCACGCGCAGUUACAAUGCCAUUUUCGUACCUAAACCCUGCACUCAAACAAAUAAUGUCAAUAAUAAAUAUGUUAUCUAAAGGUGUGUACUCACUAGUUAACGAGCAACAUGUGGUGCGUUGCUGCUGAACAGAGUUGCGUUAUCCACUUUUCUCAUUAGUGAUCAAUCUAAAAUCACAAUGAGCUAGACAGAACUUUAUGCUGCGAGUUAGUGAGUACACGCCCUGAACGAACCAAAAAUAAAGACUUACUGGAAUAAGUUAUAUAGCACAGAGUUGCGACAUCAAACUUGGAAUUAAAUGGACACUUCAGUUCAUAAGAAAUUAUAACAAACC